CCCUUCCCCGAACCGUGCCCAAAGUGGCCACAAACGAAUCCAUCGCUCGAAGAAACCCUCCCCCGCCGGUGCCACGCCACGCGCGUUCCCAAACAAGCAAGAAAAACCACAGAGCCCUCCUCUGGCGACCCACGCGACAUGCCCGCCCAAGCAAGCACCAGCAGAGGCGGCGGCCCCGGUGGCGAAACGCAGACGCAAACGCAGAAACAGAAAAAGACAACGAAACCACCGGUGGGCCACGCCCUGCUGGCCGGUGGCGUCGCGGGCUUGGUCGAGUCCUCGAUCUGCCACCCCCUCGACACGAUCAAGACGCGGAUGCAGCUCCGAAACCACCACGUCGCAACGGUGGCAACCCGCAUCCAGCACUCCCUGGUGGAACCGGCCGUCCUCCGCAUCCAGCACUCCCUGGUGGAACCCGCCGUCCUCCGCAUAAAGCACUCCCUGGUGGAACCCGCCGUCCUCCGCAUCCAGCACUCCCUUGCKGAACCCGCGCUCGAUCGACCACCGAAGCACUCGCUCGUGGAACCGGCCAACCUGAUCCGGCCCCGGCUCCGUGCCGCCUCCGCUCUUCGGAACGCCCAAGUGCCCGUCCCCGCCCCGAGCGGUGCAGCAAGCGGGGGAUGGUGGAGGAACCUACCGGGCGGGACCGGCCGGACCCCGCAUCCGAGCGCUGCGGCGGCCUCUGCCGUCGCCAACAGCAAGGCCAACAGCAACGGUACCGGGGCGUGGUGGAACCAGCGGGGGCAGCGGAUACACGCGACCCUCGCGGGCCCUUCGGACACCCGGAGCGUGGUGCACGAGAGGGGGAAGCCCCUCGGUUUCUUUCCAACGGCGCGGCGCAUCGUCCGGAGAGAGGGAUUCCUCAGCCUGUACAAGGGACUGACCGCGGUGUACGUUGGUGAGUCGAUUGUGUGUGCACUCUUGCUUGUUUGUGCUUGUUUGCGCCUGUCUCGUUGCUGCAGAAUGUCUAAAAGAGGUGUUUUGUAACUCCCCAACGAUGUUCCGAAUCCCUCCACCAACAAGGAAUCGUCCCGAAGAUGGCGAUCCGGUUUGUCUCCUUCGAGCAGUACAGGGAAACGAUGCACCAGCGCCUCUCGCUCGGGGAAAAGACGGCGAACUUUGCGGCCGGCCUGCUGUCGGGCCUCACCGAGGCGGUCCUCGUCGUGACCCCGGCGGAGGUGUGCAAGAUCCGGAUGCAGUCCCAGCGGCACUCCCUGCUCGAUCCCCUCGAGGCGCAGGCGGAAAAGUACGGGAACGUCCUCCGGACCGCGGCCACCAUCGCGCGGGAGGAGGGAUGGUCCGCCCUCUACAAGGGAGUGGUUCCGACGAUGCUCCGCCAGGGGUGCAACCAGGCCGUGAACUUUACCGCCUACAACGCCAUGAAGGCCCACUGGCUGGAGCGGAAGGAUGCCGGCGGGGAGACACGGGGACAGGAASACGCCCCCCGGCUGUCGGGAACCAUGAGCCUGCUGAUCGGGGGUGCAUCGGGUGCCAUGGGGCCCCUCGUCAACAACCCGCUCGACGUGGUAAAGACGAGGCUGCAGAAACAGAACACYGCCGCGAAGAACCAACGCAAUCCACCGAGAUACACCGGGUUGGUGCAGGCGUGCCUGAAAAUCUCGAGCGAGGAAGGCGCCGGAGCCCUCUGGAAAGGUAUCACCCCGAGAUUGAUGAGAAUCGUUCCGGGGCAGGCCAUCACCUUCACAACGUACGAAGCGGUUUGCAGGUGGCUGGCUCCACCCUAGCAAAGGCUCCCGCAUGGCAUCGGUGUUUCUGAACCGUACCGAAGGAGCCAUGCCUCACGUUUGGGCAUCGCGAAGGCGUUUCCAUCUGUCCGUUUCAAAAAAAUCGCGAUUUGGGUGCACCAUAUACGCGUUGUGACCUUUAGGGGCACACCGAACGGACGUUUUCCUGCUUUUAUCCACAAUCCGGUGGCAUUUCUGGGCUACUGUGACUAUCCAUUUAUUCCCAUCGACGCCAGCAUUGCUAUUGGUCUUUCCAAGCUCGUUGCAAUCACGAGUGGUGAACACAGGUAUCUCACCAAUUCGCAAACGUCACAUUCGUCCGAUGAAUCUUGCCAUCAUUGACUCCGAUUCUGACCCACAUACCAACUUGCCCGUUUUAAUUAUGCAGGAGACAAUAGGAAGAUUUUUAUGACAAAAAAAAUCCUGGAGGUUAAUAUUGUUGUUAUGGCGAUCUAGAUCAAACUGCAAUUAUCUGUAAUGCCUCUAUGGUAAGUAUUUUAUACCAUGGAAUCAAAUUAGGAGGGAGACCAAGCCAACUUAUUCAGUAGGAUGUGCUGGUUGUGGAGGCAACAGGGGCAAUGGUAAUAGUAGUAGUACUAGUAGAAGAAGAACCACUACCAGCAGCUGCAGACAGCAGCAACAAGAAUACUUGUUGUUGUUGUUGUUGUUAGUAUCAGCAAGAAAAACAAGUAGUGGUGCUGGUGGUUGGAAACCAUUAAUAACCCCUCAUGUAGCAA